AUGCUUCAACUCCAACAAUACAAAGAUGUGUUGAAUAAUCACCAUGUUCUGGGUCGCUCUACUGCCCAACUUUGCAAAAAGCCCUUGCGAUCUCGCUUUGAUAUGGCUGCCUCCAAUGGGUGUUUGCCAAUCAUCGCAGCGUCCUUUGCGAUAUUUCGGACUUACCAGGGACCACUGCAACCUGAGCCUCGUAGUGACAUGGGCCGUAGCACCACCGACGGCUAUAUAACGAGCACACAGUGCCUGGAGACGUUUUGUUUGCUGCACACAUAUCCACUGGUUGCCAUCGACGCGCGCAAGGAUGUCGGAUCAAAAUGGAUGCCACCGGGACCACUCGCCAGUACUGCUGCCUGGGCUCGAUCCAUCAUUCGACUACUGUUGGAUCUCCGGCGUCCACAACGCCAGCGACGCGGCGGUCAGCCAAUGCUGCCACGGGAGUACCGUCGGUCUCGUAGAGGACUGCUAUUCCUAUUGCCUCAUCCCGGAUUACUAUUACCAGCCGAAUGUGACGGACGGGUCCAAAUCUCAAGUAUCGAAAGCUUUCUUCGCCUGCCUGAAAGGGGCUCUGAGAGCGGACAACAGAACCACCCUAAGAGCAUUUUCGUCUUCUGGUAUGCUCCAAGGAAUAACGGGGACAAUAUUGUGCCGGAAAUCGAACGAUGGGGUGGCAAUGGGAAGCUAGGCCUGGGAUCGAUUCAGAUGGUCAAGGAGGGGUGCCACGACUGCCAUCAGCCGCAAAUGACGACUCUCCUUCCGCGGGAAGCGUACUCCAAGGAAGAGCUCGAGAAGCUCUACCCUCGCGGGUUGGAGUUACAGUUAGUCCAAGUGUUCCUACGACACGGUGAACGAACACCGGUAUCUGCAAGAUUCCAGAAUCUACGACCAGCCCGGACUCGUCACAAUGGGACGAGUUUCAAUGGCGUCGAAAGCUUGAAAAAUUUGGGAAUAAUGACCAGGCAUUACUUUCUGUGGGGCCUGAUGCCGGUGGUGAUGGUAUCUGGCAAGUUAACAUCCUGUAUCAAUGCCCACGGUGAUGAUUGUACUGACACUUCGCUCUCCAGUCAGCUCGGUGAGUUGACUGAUAAAGGACGGCAAACCACGCUUGCUCUGGGUCGUCGCUUGAGAAACCUGUAUAUCGACCAGCUUGGGUAUAUGCCCCCAAUAAUUUCCAAUGCGGACCACAUGUACCUUCGUUCCACUCCCAUUCCACGAGCCCUUGAAUCACUCCAGCAAACUUUCUGGGGAAUGUAUCCUGCUAGUGCCCGGACCUCCAAUUUUGUGGCCCCCACUAUCGUUCAACGGAACAACUCCGAACAAAUGGAGUACUUGAACUCUCUUUGGUCCAAAUGGAUGCCCGAAUCCUCUUCUCGAGUUGCGGUUAACUCCCGUCCCCGUCUCUCUGGUAUCUUCGAUACGAUUAAUUCGACUAUGGCCCACGGGCCUCUAACCCGGCUUCCCUCGGAAUUUUACGAUCUCCAAGGCCACGAGAUCGCUGAUAAAAUCGCCAUGGAUGAAUGGUUCGCCGGAUACAGAGAAAGUAGAGAGUAUCGCAAGCUCGGUAUUGGUGCUCUGAUGGGCGAUAUCGUGGAUAGAAUGGUAGCCACAAGUGUUAGCGGCGGUUGGUGGCCUACAACAGAGUCCAAGCGAGAAAAUGGUUCACCAGUCAAGUUUGCGAUUAGUGGGUGUCAUGACACUACAAUAGCUGCUAUAUUAACCAGUCUAGGAGCCUUUGAUGAUGGGAAAUGGCCUCCAUACACCGCCAACAUUACAAUUGAGUUAUUCAAGGACGUUGAUGGUCCCGGCCGGCGGCGCAAAUCUCGCGCUGGGGAUAUUCUCGAAGAACUAUCAAACCCCGUGGGCGAGAAUAAUGGCAACAAUAGCAGCAAAGACCACACCCGUCUUCUGUGGCGAGAACCCCCGUUGCUGAACUACCUCCCCUUGGCCAACAUUACGUCCGCAUCCGAUAUAACGAUCGGCCUGUGA